UUUUUACUCAUCUUUUUGAAGUUAUAGUAACUAAAUCCUCAAUGUGACUAGAAUUAGAGCCGACGACAAUACGUCACGAUGGCAGUGUCGUGGUCGGGAAUGUAAAAUGUAAAUACAAGAAUGCCGUGAAAAUGUCAAGCGGCGCCGACGUGUUUGCUUCCUUUCAUAAUAUUGUUGUGGAAGGGAGAUCGGCUCGCCCCGCGGCGCGAAGCAUGAACUAGUAGUCGCUUUCUAAUCGCCCGCGCCGCACCUGAUAAAACACUAUCGCGAUGUCGUACGAAAAAUUGAAGGAAACUUUGUCUGCCCACGGUCAAGAGCACCUUAUCAGGUUCUGGCCAGACUUGACCGACUCCGAGCGAGAUGAACUUACCAAGGAGAUCCUGAAACUAGACUUAGCGGAAGUGAACGAAACUUUUCGUCGCGCCAACGAAACCACGAAGAUUAUUUUAGAGAAAACGGACGACGAUUUGAAGCCGAUCCCGCAAACGCACUACGAGUCUGUGCCUGGACUCACUAACGAGAAGAUAGAAGAGUAUGAAAACAUUGGAUUUAGAGAGAUUUCUGAAGGAAGAGUGGGUGUCUUGCUGCUUGCUGGCGGGCAAGCCACCAGACUCGGCUUCGGACACCCUAAAGGCAUGUACAAUGUUGGACUACCCUCUAAGAAAACGCUAUUCCAAAUUCAAGCGGAAAGAAUACUGAGAGUGCAACGUAUGGCUGCUCAAAAAUACGGAAAGGAAGGUAAAAUUACAUGGUACAUCAUGACUUCCGAACACACAAAGGCUCCUACAGCGGAAUUCUUCAGAGACCACGGAUAUUUUGGUUUGAAUGAAGAUAACAUUGUGUUCUUUGAGCAAGGGAGGUUACCGUGCUUUGACUUUGAUGGGAAAGUAUUGUUGGAUGAGAAACACAAGCUUGCAUCAGCUCCAGACGGUAACGGAGGACUGUACAGAGCUUUGAAAACCCAAGGAGUUCUUCAGGACAUCGCUAAAAGGGGAGUCAAACAUCUGCACGCUCAUUCCGUUGAUAAUAUCUUAAUCAAAGUGGCAGACCCUGUGUUCAUUGGCUACUGCCAGAGCAAGAACGCAGACUGCGCUGCAAAGGUUGUGCUGAAGUCUACGCCUAGUGAAGCAGUGGGUGUGGUUUGUCGUGUAAACGGUCACUAUAAGGUUGUGGAAUAUUCUGAGUUGACUGACGAAGCAGCAAACUUAAGGAACCCUGAUGGAAGACUCACUUUCUCCGCUGGUAACAUUUGUAACCACUACUUCUCCUCAGAAUUCUUGUCCAAAAUUUGUGAAUUUGAAGCAAAACUCAAAUUGCAUGUGGCCAAGAAAAAGAUCCCGUUCGUAGACGACAAUGGUGUCCGUCAAAAGCCCUCAGAACCCAACGGAAUUAAGAUGGAAAAGUUUAUUUUCGAUGUGUUCGAGUUCGCUGAGAACUUUAUUUGCUUAGAAGUAGCUAGAGAUGUUGAAUUUUCUGCGUUGAAAAACGCUGAUUCAGCUAAGAAAGACUGCCCGUCGACUGCCAGGGAAGACCUUCUACGUCUCCACAGAAAGUACAUCAGAGAAGCAGGCGGAGAAAUAGCUGAUAAUGUAGAUGUUGAGAUUUCUCCGCUGCUCUCGUACGGUGGAGAGAACCUUGAAGACUUGGUCAGAGGAGAAGUGUUCUCCGUUUCACCAUUCCAUUUGAAGAGUGCUUCGGAACCAGCCACCAACGGACUGAACGGUAACCAUUGAUGAGUGAGUCAGAAUUUUGUGAUAAUCGAUUGUGAAGUUACGGUGCAAUAACAAAUUUUACGAAAUAUUAUUUUAAACAAUCAAAUUGGAUAUUUAAAUUUCUUUCAAAAUCAACAGUUUUUUUUUAUGUUUAUGAACGGUUCAUUAAAUGAUGUGUUUGCAAGUAUUAAUUAUAAUUUAAUGAUUUAUAUAAUUAUAUUUUAAAUCCUAAUUACAUUAUAAACAUUUGUUCAAAUAUUCCAUUUUUGUUGUUGAUAAUUAAAAACAGGCAAUAAUGAUUGCGUAAUUUGUUAAAUACAAUAAAAACAACUUGAAGACAGCUUGCCAAUUUGGAAAUUUUUAAUGUGUUCGUUAAUUAAAAACAGAUCUCAUAGUUCAGGAUAUUGCUUGCUAUUAGAGAAAUUUAAAUAAAAACAUGUCAGGCUUUUUCUAUACAGGGUGUAGUUUUAUAAAUUUGAAUUCCAUAAAAUAUUUAAAUUAAAAAGAAAAACUACUUAGUAUUAACCUAGUGUUAAGUACAG